AUGUCACGCAGAAUAGCACUGCUAUCAGCAGCUCUCAGAUCAUUCCGGUCGAUUUCAUUCGUCAAGACGGGGAACACACUUGGCAAUACGAUUGAGACGGUGAGGCCACCUCCUGAAGACAUGGCAGAUAGCAAAAAGCUGACUGCAACUUUUGCUAUGAGCUGAUUUUGGUUCCCCGAGGCUCAGUUUGGAUGCGCUAAUGGCGUCGUCCGAACGAAGGUCGGAUACACUGGAGGAUCCAAGUUAUUUCCGACCUACACAAGCCUGUGAGUAUUUAAGUUACCAGCCAAAGUUGAACCUGUCGAAAAUAUUAUCCUCCUGUUUAAUUUAUUUUAUGACUUUAAGCGAAAUCGGACAGUGUUAAGAGAAAAUCACGCAUUUCGAUUAUUGCAUUGCAUAACAACAUUACUCGAUCGUCUAAGUUAUGUGAUGUUUUACGAUGUAUACAUGGUUUAAACUUCAGGGGUAGGCUCAUAUUUGUAGAGAAUUGCGUAAGGCAAAAAUAUUAGCUGUUCUUUUAUUUCUCAGUGUCACAAUUUCUUUCAAAACCAUUAGCUAUCGGAAGCUUUUACCUUGCUGAGUCAUGGAACGUAAAUAGUACGUUACCGCAAGUUGAAAUUGUUUAUGUCGUCAUGAGAGAUGAUAUUUCUUUAGUCAUAGUCACAUCCACACCUUAAGCGGUUCACAGCACCUGUUUAAUGAGAAUUUGUGGACAUAAAAUUUUCGCUGUCGAUAAGCUUCUUAGAAUUUUCAUACUGAUUCACUCUGUCAAAGACUACAGGGCUUCAUGCUCGACUUCUCUCUGGUUCACCAUUUAAUUUGGUGAUCUAGAAUUAUUGUUACGAAAAAAAUGAUACUGGAAAAUUUAUAACUAGCAGGAAAAAAUGUCGGGAGGAUAAAAAAAAUUAUAAAUAACAAAUUCCAGCCAAUUUUGUUGUGUAGACUCCAAUCAUAGUUUGCGAAAAAUGAGGUAAAUGUAGAGAUAAACAGCAGUGAGAUUGUAAUAUAUUGGUGUAGUGUUCAUCAAGAGGAUGGGUUUCAACAUUGAAAAAUUUUUGAGUUUAGACUUUCGUCAACUUGCGUGAUUAAUAACUUGUUACUAUCCAAGUGUAAGGGCUGAACUGGGGAAUAUUGGCCCAAGGUUGUGGCAGUGUGUGCCAAGUGAAAGGAAGUAUGUACAAAAAUGACAGGGGGCCAAUAUUCUUCGGUGUGGCUUAGUAGAUAUUAUACAGUACUUGGACUAACUUUGUUGUUGUUGUUUUUUAAUUGCUGGCAUGCGAGAUGAACUUUACAAGGCCUAUGAACAUUUCUGUGGAAAUGGUUUCUGUGGCAAAAUCCAGACCAAGUAAGAGCUAGACUACCCUGCCUUGUAAUAAUUUCCUUUAUUUACUUUGACUCGUUCUAUGUCAGUGGGGACCAUACAGAAACCUUGGAGUUGGAGUAUGACCCAAACUGUACAACUUACAAGGAUCUGUUGAAAAUAUUUUGGAAAAAUCACAACUCUACAGCAGUCCAUAAAGCUCAGUACAUGUCAGCCAUUUUUUAUCACGACGAGGAUCAGAAACAACUUGCAGAGGAGACUCGUGAGGAACAUCAGAAGAUAGUCAAAAGAAAGAUAGUAACAAAGAUCCUUCCAGCAAACACGUUCUACGUAGCUGAACAGUAGGUGUUUUAAUUUCAAUUUUUUUUUUCUACAACAUAUCACUUUGAUCUUUACAGAUAAAUGUAUAAACCAAAUAGUUAACAGUGCUCCAAGCACUGGUUUUUCAAGUUGCUGUUUUGCCACCAAAAAUCAGAAAUGGUCCCCAGAAAUUGAACUUUUUUGAAAAUGUUGUUUUGGACACUGUUUAAAUUCUGUUUAAGUUACUAAACUGCUGAUCAUACCACUCUCUUUGAAAUAAACAAUUAAGCUGUGAUGUGGCAGGCUUUUAUCUCAGACUUACAUGCAGUACUUGCACCAAUAAUGAGAUAGGGAAAACAAACCAACACAAAUUACCUUUUAGGCAAAUUUUUCCCUCCAAGGAGUACUUUAAAUGAGUUUUAAUAAACUGUUGAAAAGCUGACAAAAUAUUUGGGGGUGGGGGUAAUUUGUAUUAUGUUGGACUGGUGUCCUAUCCAGAGAAGUAUCAGAACUCUCAGUUGCCUUUCUUUGGAGAAGCUUCUGCCCUAUUGGUUGCUCUUAAUUGAUGUCAGAAGACUUACCUUACUUAUUUCCUAAUGAUUUUUGUAAAAUUUCAAAUUAUCUAGAUCCCAAAUAUUUCAAACUUUCCACUUCCCAAAGACUUUGGUUGAUAACUGUCACCAUGAUAAAUGUUACUUGCCAGUGGACAUCUUAAGUCAUUGUCAUUGACCACAAUAUUCAAUUUAUUUAUUUCCAUUGACAGUUUGAAUUAUUAGUGGUCUGUCAUUUGCAAUAAGCUGAUAUGAAGGCAGUCAGCUAUUUUUAAGAUUUGUUCCAAAGAACACAAAGAGUGGCUGAUAUUUUUAACUUGAAAUUAAAUCUUUGAUAUUCCAAUUCAGAUACCAUCAAAAGUACAUGCUGCGACAGCACCCCUUGCUGCUGAACAGUCUGGGCUUAAAUGAUGAAGAGCUGAAGAAGUCUCGGGUUGCAGCUCGUUUAAAUGGUUAUGUUGGAGGAUAUGGUUCCAUAAAAAGCUUUGAAGCUGAAGUGGAUGGGCUAAAGUUAAGUAAUCAGCAAAUAGAAAUGGUGAAAGAGAUCAUAGAGAGAAGAAGAUUCUAAAUCCAAGGCUUAAGUUCAGAAAGACUCUGUACAACAAAGGAGUUGCAGCUCUCUGUCAUGAUUUGUACUUCCUUAACAUUGUAGCCUGGAUUGAUUUUUUAAGUUGGCAAUUGUAAACCAUGUUAAUAUUUACCACUGUUAGCUAUUUCCUUCCCUUUUUAGUCAAUUCUUACCUUGUUGGUAUUUGUCUAUCUGAGCAAAUGAUUCUUUCAAUCUUUCAUGACACUUAAUAAUGAUUCUUUUUGAUAUUCAAGCUGGCUUCAAGGAAGAUAUUGUGAUACAAAAUGAUUUUUGUUGACAGAACCAUUACUUUGGAGCACUGUAUUGAAUUAAGUUUCCAACCAUCUCAUGUCAGUAUAAGGUAUUGAUGCAUACUUAGUACUCAAUGUGAUAUCCCACUUCUUAUGAAGUCCUGUAAUUUAAACUGGGAAACAGUCUACAGGAUGGAUGUUGUGAAAUUACUGUGGGUAGCUUUGAGUCUACUAGGUACUAAUUGUAGAUGGGAAGUUUUAAGUUUGUGCACCUGUAUUAGUAUGGGGUUCCUGAAGUAAACUUGAGAGUCAGAAUACUGGUUGUUGUGUUGGAUUUUUUCUUUAAUCAGUCUUAAUCAGGGAUAUCGCAGUUGGAGACAUCACACCCCAACAAUUUACAUUGUUAGGAGCUUUAUUGAAAGUUCUGUAUUUGAGCACAGGGGGGGGUCAUCAUGUAGUGUCAAUUUCUCUCACAGUUGCUCUUUUCUUAUUGGGAGUUAAAAUUGAGCACCAGCAAAUUGUCAGGUAAGCCUGACAGUAUCAAUGCAGGGAAAACCUGGGAUAGACUUAAAACUAGCCAUGUAGCACACUUUGAUUAAAGAAAUACUAUAAUAGAAAUACUUAAUUCAAUAAAGGCCUGUUUAGGAGGAGGAGCUGUAACAGGGUGGGCUUAAUCACUUAACAGUGGAUGGAAUAGAAUUAAUAAAGAGCAGUUUUCAAUUGAGUGUUGAGAAAGUAAAACCAAAGCAAUCACAGG